AAUUUAUUUUAUUACUUAGUCUACUUCACGGCCUUAGAUGUCUACUUUGUUGUUUUUCAAUUUUGACGGUGACCGUCGAAAUUAACGCUAGAUAAUAUAUAAUUUUCUUAUCUCUUGUCUUCCUAAUUAUCAGUGUACUAAAUCGUCAGUUCGUCUAUCAUAGAUAAGGUUUACUUUACGUUUCACAUCAAACGAGUUAAUAAAGUAAGAGUGAUGUUUAAAUUAUUUUCAUCAGUUCCCAUGCACUCGAGUGUAUUGGUCGGUAUAAGAAGCUUAUCAACAUCCGGAGGACCAUUACUCUUUCGUUCAUCUGUACCUAUGUUUGCUGAGCCAUUGAAAAAAAAGAAACGUUUGGAUCCACAGAUAUUAAAAGCUAGAGAGGAUAGAAAACGUAAAAAGAUUGAAAAAUCAAUUAGAAAAUUGGAAAAGGUAUCCAAAACAUUGAAACCUAUUGAUGAGAUACAAUUAAUGGCUUCAUUAUCCAAUGAACGCGACAGUCGUCAAAGACCAACUAUAGUUCAUAGUAAUGAUAAGCUUGAGGAACGAAUAGUUGCAGCAAAAGCCUGGUCAAUGUAUAAACACGAUGAACACUUUUUUAAUCUCCAAGUUAUCAAUGACCUAGAGUAUUCACAACAACGUGCAUUGAAUGAGUUACGUGAAGUUUCUGAAGAUUUAUAUCUUGCAGCCGUUGAUAUUGAUGAAUCCUUAUUGACAUAUCAACUAACUGGACCAGUAGAAACUCCUCCAAUUGAUAACUACCAAAGUCCUGAUGGAGAAUACAUUGAUAUUUCUAAAAAAUGGGAUUAAAAUUAAUGUAGUUUAAAACCAUAUGUGAAAGAUUUGAAUAUCUAAAUAAAUGAUUAAAUUCUGUAAUAAUUGAGAUGUA